AUGACUCGAUUUAGUGCUCUUUCACUCUUGGCGCUGGGCUCGCUGGCUCUCGCUAACCAGGAUGCCUUUGGGACCAAGUGUGUGCAGUUCGGUGACAAGAUUGAUAUCCCCGAUGUGAAGGUCAACUUCGCCGAGUAUGUGUCAGGGGGCACGAAUCUUUCUCUGCCUGACAAUGCACCUUCGUGUGGCGCGUCUUCUCAAUCUGUGACGGCGGACGUGUGCCGUAUCGCGAUGGCUGUGGCGACUUCCAAUGGCAGCGAGAUCACAUUGGAGGCUUGGUUCCCUCGCGACUACAAGGGCCGGUUCUUGAGUACCGGCAACGGCGGCCUAUCGGGAUGUAUUCAAUAUUACGAUAUGGCGUAUACCUCGCAACUGGGCUUCGCGACUGUCGGUGCCAAUAAUGGUCACAACGGCACCUCGGGCAAGCCAUUCUACAAGCACCCCGAAGUCGUCGAAGACUUUGCCUAUCGCUCCGUUCACACCGGUGUCGUCAUUGGCAAAGAGCUCACCAAGCAAUUCUAUGACGAGGGAUUCAACAAGAGCUACUACCUUGGAUGCUCCACAGGUGGUCGCCAGGGAUGGAAAUCUGUCCAGAAGUACCCCAAUGACUUCGACGGCGUGGUGGCCGGUGCUCCCGCAAUCAACUUCAUCGGCCUUCUUUCAUGGAGCGCGCAUUUCUACCCCAUCACGGGCUCACCCUCAUCAAAGACAUUCCUCACCACCGCGGAGUGGUCCCUCGUUCACGACGAGAUCAUCCGUCAAUGCGACGAUAUGGAUGGCGCGAAGGAUGGCAUUAUCGAAGAUACCGAUCUCUGCCACCCAAUUCUCGAGACUAUGAUCUGCAGUUCGAGUACCAAGAACAAGUCAAGCUGUCUCUCGCCGGAGCAGGUGAAUACAGCCCAGCAAAUUCUUUCCCCUCUGUACGGCAGCAACGGCACCAUGCUCUACCCGCGCAUGCAACCCGGCUCCGAGAACCUCGCCGCUCCCAUCAUGUACUCCGGCAGUCCAUUCCCAUACAGCACAGACUGGUUUAAGUACGUCGUCUACAACAAUCCGAAAUGGAAUGGGAAGAGCUGGACCAUCAAGGAUGCUGCCGCCGCCCUCGCCCAGAACCCGUACAACAUCCAAACAUUCGAGGGCGACAUCUCCCCCUUCCAGAAGGCUGGUGGAAAAGUCCUUCACUACCACGGUAUGCAGGACCAGCUCAUUAGCUCCGACGACUCAAAGUGGUACUACUCACAUGUCUCGAAAACGAUGGACAUGGCACCCUCCGACCUCGACGACUUCUACCGCUUCUUCGCUAUCAGUGGCAUGGGUCACUGCGGCGGUGGAGAUGGUGCCUAUGGUAUUGGUCAGGGCACUGAUACUUACGCCGGUAGCGACCCCCAGGACAAUGUUCUCAUGGCUAUGGUCCAGUGGGUUGAGAAGGGUGUGGCGCCUGAUACUGUUCGUGGCGCCAAGUUCUCCAACGGCCCUGGGUCAAAGAUCGAGUAUCACCGCAAGCACUGCCGUUACCCUCGGCGCAAUGUUUAUAAGGGGCCGGGCAACUACACUGAUGAGAAUGCCUGGCAAUGUGUUUGA